AUGAUUAAAGCUUUAUUUGCUGCUGAGUUUGAUUUAGUCAAAGGUAAGAAAAUCUAUCCUUAUCUAAUAGGAUGUGUAAUAACGGCAUCUUAUCCAAAAACUUCUGAUUCAGAAUUUCAUGAAUUGGCAUCUUAUAUGAUUCCUGAUGGGGUACAUAAAAUCAAAUAAGACAAAUUCUUUUUUAGAAUCGGAAAUAUAAGAUUUAUACCUGGUUAAGUACAUACAUAUCAUUUUGAUUAUGAAUGGAAAUAAUUAUUGAAAAGUUAAAAUCAAAUAUUAAGUUAUUAAGAUGAAAAUGUGAUUAAAAUAAGAGGUGAAAAGGAAUCUGAAUGGUUAGAUAUUAAUUUAUUCAAUGCUAAUAUUUAAGUAAUUUCACAUGAUUUUGUGUCAAUUACAUUGAAUCCAGAUUUAAUUUAUGGCAUAAAAGGAAAAUUUACAUAAGAUUAUUAUAUGGCAUGUUUAAAGAAUAAAAAAGAUUCCACAAUUAAGAGAGGAUCUUUAAUUAGAUCUAUUGCUAUAUGUGCAACAGAUUUACUUUUUUUAGGAAUUUGCGAUUUGAAAAUUGAAAAAUGUUUGGAAGAAUAUUUUGAAUAAGUUGGACUUGAUCAUUGGGUAAAUGAUGCUGAUACAAAUCCUUAAAUAAUUGAAUAAAUCUUAGAAAAUGGAUUUAAUGAAGUUUCAAAUGAUUUAGCAUAUUAUAAGUUUUCUCAUUCUCUUUUGGAUUACUCUUCCAAAGAAUUAGGAAAUUUAUAUCCAAAAAGAGCAUAUGGUUUAACAAUAAAUGCCUCAUUGCUUAAUCUAUUUGAAAAGUUUAAUAUGAAGGUUCGUAUUCUCUAUAGAGCCCUAUUAUAAUAAAAGAGAAUCAUAUUUCUUUGUCAUGAAUGUAGUAAUUAAGAAAAAUAAAUUGGAGAUAAUAUGGUAAAAAGUGACAUUAUAUCAAAAAGUAUUUUAAUGUCUGUAAUCUUGUUUUGAGCUUAUGUUUUCUUGUUUCCCCUUUAAAUAUUAUUUAGAAUAUUUAAGGUUAUAAGUCAUUACUUGAUAAAGGAUGGGAAUAAUCAAAUUCUUGGAUAUCAAUAGUUUCUAAUCCAAUUUUUGAGUAUCGUAAAGAAUGGUGGGAUAUCUUAAUUGAUGUAAAUGCUGGAAAGAUUAUAGAAUCCAAAACAGAAUAAUCAUUAUUUAUCAACAAUGAAACAGAUAUUGAUUUCUUUUAAAAUUUAAUCAAUCUAAUUCAGGUCUCACAUAUUAAUGAAUUAUAAGUUAGAUCUAUUCUAUAAAAAUACACAUCUUCAAUUAUUGGAAAUUUGGUAUUCUAUUUCAUUAUUAUAUUUAGCCUCAAACUAUACAUUUUAAAGGAUAUAGAAAGAUGAAAAUUAAAGAAUUAUUUAAUGAAUAACAAUAUUCAUAAUUGUUAAAUAUUUUAACAAUAUUUAAAUUGCAAAAAAGUAUGGAAGAUGUAGAGUUGUUAUAAAUUUAUGAAAAUCUUUUAGAUUGCUUAAAGACAGAAAAUUAGUUUAAAGAAUUUUUUAAAGUAUAUAAAUUUUUUUAUUCUCUAGUUAUUUACAGAAUCUAACUAUGAUUUAAAUACAUUUGGAAUUGGAACAAUGUGUUAAGAAGUUGUAGUUUAAGAGAAAUGUAGAGAGUUUUUAAAAUUAAUAGAAAAGUGGGAUAAACAACUGAUGAAGAAAAUUAACUUAUUCUUUUUAAUUUGA